CCGGGGGCGGCCGGGGGGGCCGCUCGGUGCCUGCGGAGCCAGCCAGCGCCCGGGCCCCGCCGGCGGCGCGAUGAACAAGCUGCGGCAAAGCCUGCGGCGGAAGAAGCCGGCCUACGUGCCCGAGGCCAGCCGGCCCCACCAGUGGCAGGCAGAUGAGGAGGCCGUGCGCCGGGGCAAGUGCAGCUUUCCCGUGCGGUACCUGGGCCACGUGGAGGUGGAGGAGUCACGGGGGAUGCACGUGUGCGAAGAGGCCGUGAAGAAGCUGAAAACAAGCGGGCGCAAGCCGGUGAAGUCGGUUCUGUGGGUGUCGGCCGACGGGCUGCGGGUCGUCGACGAGAAAACAAAGGAUCUCAUCGUGGACCAGACCAUUGAGAAGGUUUCGUUCUGCGCCCCCGACCGCAACUUCGACAAGGCCUUUUCCUACAUCUGCCGCGACGGCACCACCCGCCGCUGGAUCUGCCACUGCUUCCUGGCCCUGAAGGACUCGGGCGAGCGUCUGAGCCACGCCGUGGGCUGCGCCUUCGCGGCCUGCCUGGAGCGCAAGCAGAAGCGGGAGAAGGAGUGUGGGGUGACGGCCUCCUUCGACGCCAACCGCACCAGCUUUGCCCGCGAGGGCUCCUUCCGCGCCCCGGCCGCCAGCCAGCCCGCCCAGCGCCAGCUCGUGCUGCGCCAGAUCCAGGACAGGAGAAAGGAGGCCACCCCAGCCGCCGCCCCCUCGGCGCCCCCCGGCCCUGCCCAGCCGGGCAGCGUCUCCCCGCCGCAGGGGGCCACGUCGCCGGCAGAGAAGGGGGAGGGGGGCCCCCAACACGCCAUCCCGCGCCGCCACGCGCCCCUGGAGCAGCUGGUGCGCCAGGGCUCCUUCCGCGGCUUCCCCGCUCUCAGCCAGAAGAACUCGCCCUUCAAACGCCAGCUCUCGCUGCGGCUCAGCGACCUGCCCUCCACCCUGCAGCGCAGGGGCGACUUCCAGGCCAGGGGCGCCGUGCCAGAGCUGGAGUCGACCCCGACCGGUGACAGCGACGGGAUCAGCGCCCUCUGCAGCCAGAUCGACGCCUCCUUCGCCCGCCCGCCCGCCGACCCCUUCAGCCCCACGGCCGCCAAUGGCACCGCCUCCCCUCCUGCGGGGCUCCCCCAAGGGCCAGCGGCCUGGGGCGAGCCCGGGGCGGGGGCCCCUUCGCAGGCCCCCCCGUUCCAGCCUGGACACAAGCGGACCCCGUCGGAGGCCGAGCGCUGGCUGGAGGAGGUGGCCCAGACGGCCAAGGCGCAGCAGGUGGCCCCGCCCGCAGCAGCCGUGCCCGCGGCCCUGCCCGCCACGCUGCCCCCCUACCCCGUGAGCUACGACGCCACGCCCGCCCCCGUGGGCAUGUUCCUGCCACCCCACAUGCAGCCGGCCUACGUGCCCGUGGGGGCCUACCCGCCAGCCGGGCCCUUCGCGGCACCCAGCGUCCCCGUGGUGGGCAUCACGCCCUCCCAGAUGGUGGCCAACGUCUUCUGCUCCGCCGCCCAGCUGCCGCCCUCGAACUUGGGGGGCAAGGCCAGCCCCUUCCCCCCUACUCUGCUGGGCCCCGUGCUGCCCCCUCCCCCCCAGGUCCGACCCAAGUCCGUCAGCACUACCCCCUGGCCCCCGGGGUCAGGCCAGCCAGGGGCCAUGGCCCCUCCGCCCCCCACCGCCCGCCCCGGGCCCAAGCCGGACCCGUUUGAGGCUCAGUGGGCGGCGUUGGGGGCCAAGCCCCCCGGGGGGGCCGACCCAGCCAACCCCUUCGUCGGAGACCUGCAGAAAACGUUUGAGAUCGAGCUGUGAGCUGUGGGGGGAGUGACCGGGGGUCCUUGAGCCCCCCACUACGGAACCAACUGUGGGGCCAGGUAGAGGUGGGGGAUGUACAGAGACCCCCCAACCCCAGUGGAACGUAGGUCACCUCCUUGCCAAAUGGGGGGCAGGCUGGGGAGGGCCCCCCAGGGCUGCUGCCCACCCCCCCAGCAUCAGCUUUGGGGGCUUUGCCGAUGAGAGGCUGAGCGAGUGUCCCGGGCACUGGAAGUGGGGCUGGGUCUGUUGAACUGCAGGGGAAUGUGGGGGUGAGAAACCUCCCCCCCUCCGCUGAUGAAAUGGCUAAUGGGUCCCUGGCUGGCUGCAAGGGGUUGCCCUGGGCUGGACGUUUGGGGGGCCUGGAUGGGGGCACCCCCCCAGAUCCAGGGGGGAUCAGGGCUAACCCCCCCCCACCCAGUCUAAUGGUCAGGCCUGUGGGGAUGAGGCCCAGCAGCCCCGUGCCUGGGGGGUUGGGGGCAGCUUAUGGGGGUCUGAGCAGAGGGAAAAGUGGGGGUCUGAGGCUGGGAUUGCUCCCCUGCAGGGAGCUGCUGGGUGGGGGGGGACUGGUUCUGGCCUUUUCACCCUGUAGUGGGGGGGUGUCACGGUGCACCAGCGCCACCUGCUGGGGGGUGCUGUGACCCCCCCCCAGUCACUCAGCAUGGCCCAGAUGGGGAGUCUGGGGGGAGGAGUGAUGCUAACCCUAAAUCUUCCGGGGGGAACUUCCCCUCCAUGGGAAAAAACACCCAGAGCUGGCGCUUUUCCUGCUCAGACUCCUGGCUUGGCCUGGCCGCGGGGGGUUUAGGGGCCCUUGGCCAAGCGUGGGGGGUGGGGGUUGUCCCUGGCUCUUAAUUUAUUAUCUUUGAUUUUAGUUUGGGGACGGGGGUGGCCGGGGGGGUGGAUCCUGGUGAAGAUGGGAGAGGGGCUCAGGCCCGGGUGGGAUGGAUGGAUGGACAGACAGACUCAACAUGCCUCAGUUUCCACACCUGCCCUCAUCCUGGCUCACAUCAAAGCCCGUUUUUGGGGGUGAUUUAUGUAGCAGCUUGUCCCCCCCUGCUGGGCUGAUGUAGGGGGGAUGCUGUGGGAACUGGGGGGGGGGAUUGGAGUGGGGUGACCAGACACCCCUCCCCCAGGCUGUGUGGGGCUGGGGGCAGGGCUGGACCUCUGCAGGGGGCCACCUGAGACCUCUGAUCUGCCCCAUUGGGCCUGAGCAGCACGGCCUGGAUUCGCCCCCCACGUGGGCACUGCCUGGAGGUGCUUCAUGGGCUGUGGGGGGGCCUGCGGGGGCAAUGCCACAGGGCCCAGCUCAGUGGAUGCAGGAGGCCCCCUGGCCGCAGGACAGGAGGGUGAUGCCCUGGGGCAGGCGGGCCGUGCCACGUUGUAGCUGCACAGAGCCCUGGGGCAGGUGCUAGGGGGCAGGGAGGGGCUGGUCCGUGCCCUGUGCCAACCAGCAGGAGGC